GAUACACUUCUUUAUGCAAGGUGAGGCAGAGAGUGGCUGGCAAGGGACUUCUGGCUCAGACAGGUACAGGUAGACAGACACAGGCAGUGCUGUAUGAGGAUGUCUGUGGUGACCAGUGCUGCACUCUGGGUAGGUGUCCUGGCAUCUGUCACUCGACACGCAAGCUGUACCCAAACUUCCAGCUCGGCUUUGGUUGAUGUUGGACUUGAACCCCUGGAGUCACAAGAUGCUUUCGGGAGACGACUGAGGUACGUGCGAGAAUUUGGAGAUUUCAUCAGGAAGGACGACUGGAUCUUGGUGUUUCGAGCUGCUGCAGGAAUCGCUCAACCAGUGUAUGACACGUGGACUCGUGUCGGUUACCAUGACGACUACCAACUCACGCGCGCCACCAUGCCGUGUGGAUGCACGAGAACCAGCGGGUCAUGUGACCGCCACUACCGCAGUCGUCUGCUGGACUCGUGGCCCUCGAGGGCCAUUGAUAAGGUGAAGAUGGCUUUGUAUGAAAAUGGUAAUGAGACAGCUUACAUGAUUUUUUCGGGACAUGGCACCAGCUACAUGGACUGGUUCUCGGCGAACAGACUUGUGGAAUCGUCCUGGACAGACCUGAAGUCAGCUUCACACGACUUCUUCAGCAUUGUGGGGCUACAGCACAGUGUAGUUUAUCGCCGGUUCUACAUCAGCAACAGGAACAUCCAUUGCCCUGAUGACAUUGGCUGGCUGAAUAUUAAAGACAGAGCGAACUCCUGUUCCUGGGAGGCUUCCAGUCAGAUCCCAGUCUUUGUCUACUCCAAAGCAAAGACAAUGAUUAACUGGCAAAAUGCCGGCUCUCUUCGAGGGUUUGCUGAUGUGAUGGCGGUUUGGGUCAAGCUGGACAAGUCAUUUAACCUGAUGCAAACGUGUUUGCCGUAAAGUGACCUCUAGUGUCUACUGUCAAUGCUUGUCAACACUUCUGUCAAGUUUUAUGAUGACAUCCAAUAAAACAGUCUAUUUGCUGCAUUGUAUGAAAUGUUAUAUAAAACAACAAUAAGUGAGACUUAUUCUACUUCUUCGAACUAACUACUCCCCUCAAGCUUCUGUUUCUGUAAGUUUGAACUUUCCUUUGUCUGCUUUGCGAAGGUAGGCUGCUUUCUGUCGACGAGAUAUUCAAGAUGUCCUGACAUUGUAGGCAAUAUGUUCAUAAUCUCUGUUUCUUGAAAUGCCGAAUAAACAUCAUUAUUGAGAAGAAA